ACUCAUAGUCCACGCUGAAUCUCCCGCGAACGCAGCCAUUUACUCUUUUCUCUCCUCGCCGUAGCACCGGUGAGUCUCUAUUUUCCUCUCAUCGCGGCCCACCUCGUACCAUAACUCACAACCAUGGCUGACUCGAUGGCAACUUGUGUUGCGGUGUUCAAGUUGGUGUUGGUAGGAGAUGGCGGUACAGGAAAAACGACUUUUGUGAAGAGGCACAUCACAGGAGAGUUUGAGAAGAAAUAUGUUGCCACUCUGGGAGUAGAGGUGCACCCGCUGAUGUUCCACACCAACAGAGGACCCAUCAAGUACAAUGUGUGGGACACAGCUGGGCAGGAGAAGUUUGGAGGCCUGAGAGAUGGAUACUACAUUCAAGCUCAGUGUGCUAUCAUCAUGUUUGACGUCACCUCUCGAGUCACCUAUAAGAACGUGCCUAACUGGCAUCGUGACCUUGUCCGUGUCUGUGAGAACAUUCCCAUCGUCCUGUGUGGCAACAAGGUGGACAUCAAAGACAGGAAAGUCAAGGCUAAGAGCAUUGUGUUUCACCGCAAGAAGAAUCUGCAGUACUACGAUAUUUCUGCCAAGAGUAACUACAACUUCGAGAAGCCCUUCCUGUGGCUUGCAAGGAAGUUGAUCGGUGAUCCCAACCUGGAAUUUGUGGCCAUGCCUGCCCUCGCUCCUCCAGAGGUCCAGAUGGACCCAACACUUGUUGCUAAAUAUGAGAAAGAGCUUCAAGUUGCAUCACAAACGGCACUCCCAGAUGAAGAAGAUGAUCUCUAACCUGUUCCCUGUAGUUUCCCUCCCCCUCCCAAACGUGGACAGGAAGUCGUUGCCCCCUUUACUGUAAAAUCCCUUUUCAGAUUUUUUUAUUUUUGAAUUUUUUUGUUCGUUUUAAAACUAAGAAGAAAAUAACUUGGUGGAAAAGUUGUGGUUCUAAUUUCACUGUAUAAGACACACACCCUACCCUAGUGUUGUUGGCAUGGCAACGUGCUACUCAUCAUCGCCGAGCACCCUCCACUGCACUUACCCAGCUCACAUAAUGCUGUUGUACGGUGUACUGGAAACACUAAGGGGAGUUAACUUUGAAUAAAAACAUUCUCAAUAGAA